AUGGAGGAUUUAUCUUUCCAUGACUACAACAACCUCCCAGAUAGAUAUGGAAGCUCAAAUAGCAAUGCAUUCUGUGCUAUGUCAGCCAUGACACAAGACAUGCUUACCGGCUUCCCAGAACCUAGCACGUUCUUUGGUAUGGAUGAUGGAAAGACAUUGGCCGAUGCAAAUCCUUCAAUCGCCUUUGAUACUAGUUUCCAAAGCUACGAACCUGCUGCCUUUGGGUCGUUUGAAACACAUUGUCCUUCAAGUGACAUCCCAUCGCUUAUGGACGAUUUGUAUUCACCAACUUCAACUUCUGAAUCUUCGGGAGCUAUGGAUUAUGUGGACCCAGCACAAACAACAUUGAUCGACACUUUUGCCGAUUUUCAGUCUUCUCCAAUCGGUCCACUCACACCUGUCAAAUUUGGAACACCCUCAUCAGAUUUCAACACUCCGAGAUCUUACAACAAUUCUCCCGCAGGGACUUUUACCACAGGAUAUCUCCCUCCACCAACAAAUUACCAAGACCUCAGACAAGACAUCAGACAAGAGUCAAUCUCUCCUAUACGAGAACAAAAGUUCCGAAGACCGUACUUCGACAGCCCUCAAAGCGCAGCUGCUCUGCAAAGAAUCCAAGCCGCCACCCCAACAAAAGUCACAACCCGUAGGAAAAUAAAGCGAGAAACAGUACCGAUACGAGUGCAAAACAGAAACAAGUUGCCUUGUCUCCACCCCGGAUGCAACAGGAAAUUUCAACGACAGGAACACCUCAAGCGACAUGAGCACACACACGACCAGCUUGCCCCCAAACACAAAUGUCCCUUCUGCGUGAAAGAAUUUGGGCGUACAGAUAAUCUGAAAUCGCACGUCGAUCUCCACAGGAAGCGGGAUAGAAAGACCGCUCGAACCGAAUGGCACCCAGACGCUGAUAAAGUAUGGGAGUCAAUGAGCAAAAAGAGUCGCAAGCAUGAAGACUCGGAAGUAAAAUCGAGCACGACCAGGACAAGGUUAAGUUCUUAUUGA